AUGCCUUCAGAAUUGCACUCCACCAUCCUCUCCAACCCGCUCUCCGAGCUCAACGCCGCCUUCGACGCGGCCUGCGCCAAGGGCGACGAGGCUGCGCUCAAGCACGGCGCCGUGCUCUCGCUCGCGUCCAAGGUGGAGGCGGUCCUCGAGCGUGACGGUGCCAGCGCCGUGCCGAGCCUCAACGUGCUGCGGCAGGAGGAGCUGCCCGCGGGAGCGCUCGUGCGCUUCCAGGGCAUGGUGAUGGACAUGCACGACCCCGAGUACUACGCCGGCGUCUACGAGGAGGUGCGGCCCGACGGCGCCUCCCGCAUGCGGACGGGCAAGUUCCGCGACACCUUCGAUGAGCCGGCCGGCUGCACGAUCCGGCCGCGCUCCGACUUCACCUGGCAGCGGACGCCGAUCGUGUGCGCGCCGUGCGAGCCAGAGGCGGCGCCAGACCCGCACGCGGCUUGGUCGCGGAGCGCGGCCCUCGGCACGAGCCUGGUCAAGCUGUACGACGGGGCGGAGGAGGGGGCGGGCGAGGCGUCCCUCCGCCUCAACGACGUCGUCGAGUUCUACGGCGUCCUCGAGCUCGGCGGCGAGACGGACGUGGCCGACGGCGACGAGUCAGCCAUCUCGAUGCUGGUGGACGAGCAAAAGGCGCUGCGGCCGCCGCCAUCGGCGCAGCCGCGGCUGCACUGCCUGUACUACCGCAAGAUCGCGGGCGGCGCGGCGCACCCCCUCCUCCCCGCCCCCGACACCUACGCCGAGACCCUCGCCUACCAGCUCGCGCGCCACCACGUCGCCGACGCGCGCGCGGCGGUGACCGCGCAGCUCGCCGCCGCGCUCGGCGGCGACGGCGUCGCGGCGGAGCUGACGCUCUGGUCUGUCCUCUCGCGCGUCAUCACGCGGCGCGGCGAGGCGCCCAUCGGCAAGCUCCCCCUCAACAUCACCGGCUGCCCCUCCGCCGUCGCACAGCCCGCCGCCUCGCCGGUGGGCGCCGCGCUGCAGGGCGCGCUCUCGGCGCUCCUCCCGUGCGUGGUCCCGUUCCGGCUCACCAUCGAGACGCUCAACGCGACGCCGAUGGUGCCGCGCAAGGACUACUCCGCCAACAUCCUCUCGCCCGGCGCGCUGCAGCUCCCCGCCGGUGCGGCGCUUCUGAUUGACGAGACCGGCCUCGCGCCAGGGAAGCUGUCCGAGGCAGGGCUCAAGUCGCUCGGCGCGCUCAAGGACCUGAUCGCGCGGCAGAAGCUCGCCUUCGACUUCACCUACUUCGCGCACGACGUCGACGCCGACGUCUCCCUCCUCUCCCUCUCCUCGCUCAAGUCGGUCCUCGCCAAGGACUCGCCCGGCCUGCUGCAAGUCGCGCUCGCCGUGCAGCCCGACGCGCCGCAGCCGCCGCCGCUCGACGCGGCGAGCCUCGAGGCGGCGCGCACCUACCUCGGCCUCGCCGUGCGCUGCCUCUCCUCCCUCAAGCCGACGGACGAGAAGCUCGCCGCCGCGCUGCAAGACGACUUUGUCGCCGCGCGCCGCGCCGACGCCACCGUCUCGCCCGACGACUUUUCGCACUGGCUCACGUGUGCGCGGCUGCACGCGGCGUCGUGCUUGGCGACGGAGGUGAGCAUCGAGCACUACAUGCACGCCAAGCAGGUGGAGGCGGCGCGCGUCGCCCGGCUCCGCCAGGUGGAGGUUUAA